AUGUAUGACACCUUCAAAGAUGAGAUCUGGAAAGAGCUGGGACCACUGGACCCCGACUGGUUUCACGUCCUGUCAGCUCAAACGUCCACCUGUGAGGGAAAUGGGUCUGAUCAAGAUGAGCUCUGCGCCAACCAAGAGGGAAACUUCAAAGCCCCCUGUGACAGAACUGCACUGGAAAGUCAGCUGUUCUCUACCCCAAAAGUUUUCAGACGCAGUCGAGUUGUGUCCCCGGAAACUGAGGGGAACAAAGGGAGUGCCAAGCUGUUGGGGGUAAUCCAAGAUGAAGCAGACUGUUGCAGAAUCAAGGAGGAUGAGAUACAAAAACAGAAAAAUGUCACGGAAGAAAACGUUCCUCUUCCUGUUCAACCAAAAGCCCAGGAGCUUGACAUGUCGCAGCUCUGCAGAGAUUUUGCACAAGACUUCAGUCAAAUGUUAGACCCUGGGAAACCAAGUGAAGAAGCAGUAGAUACUCCUCAAAAUGGCUUCUCUCCGUCAACUUGUCUGAACGCCAUGAAGCAAGCCAAGCAGAGAGGAAGACAAGCAAACAUUCCCCAUGACUGUGAUCACACCACUGAGAGAAAACCUGUUUCUGCUACUGCUCAGAAUUACUCCAUCAAUGAGGGAACAGGAGUUGACAGCGGAUUCCAGUCAGCUGUUGCAGACAUAUCUCAUCUGACUUCCACAUCCUUUAUUCUUCCAAGCUCAGAGAACAUUGCUCAAAGUCAACAGCGGACUGGCUUUAAAACUGAAACCCAAAGAGCUGCUUCUUCCCUAUCUACAAAUAUUAAACAUGUAAAAUAUCAUCAAGGAGCUGAAACUGAUGCUAAGCUGUCGAGGGAAGUGAAGGAAGGCCAGACACUGGGCCCUUGCAGAGAGAGCGAGUUUCACAUAGAGAGCACAUCAACAGAACUGCCCAGUGGUGCAACAGAAGGUGUGGAUAACAUCAGUCACUUUCCAGUCAAGUUUCCAAGUGAUGGCAACUUUCCAGCGAGAGCGACGGUGUCUCUUCCUUCCGUCCAUGCAUCAGGAUUCAAAACCGCUUCAAAUAAGGCUAUAGAAGUUUCCCCAGCCCACCUGGAGCGAGCCAAGCAUCUGUUUGAAGAAAACGAAGCUGAAAGGACUAUUAGUGCUGAGCCGACCAAAAGAGGCAGCAACGCUAAAGAAGAAAUUCGCAUUAGUAUGGAUUCAGUGAAAAAUACAAUCUCUGACUCAAAGCAGCCACCGUCAUCUAGUGAAAGAUUUGGGGAUAUAAGUUGUCAGCUAACAGCGUCACAAAAAGCUGACGUGACAGAACUGUGCACUCUCAUGGAAGAAGCUGACAGCCAGUUUGACUUUACACAGUUCAAAACUGGGAAGCUACAGCAGCACUGUCAAGAUAACGCCACCUCCCCACAAAAAGCUGACAAAGAACUUGACCCUGAUUUUUUUAUGGGUAUUGAUUUUGAUGACAGCUUUAGUUCCGAUGCUGAAAAGCAUAAAAUGACGUCAGCUUCCAACUGUGAGGCAUCAAAUCUGACAAAUAGAUCCACACUGACAAAAGAAAAUUCCUCCACUGAAGAUGCAUCUCCCUCUUCAAAGAGCAUCUCUGACAGCAGGCGCUGUAUUGUGUCAGCUGAACCCCCAAAUCCUAACAGAGCUGGGUUCACUGAGACAAGCGAGCAGGAGAACAAAACCCCUUUGAUGCCUAGUGUAGGAUUCAAAACUGCGAGAGGAAGUGAUUUGAGGAUUUCAAAAGAACAUUUGAGAAAAGCCAGAGCCUUGUUUGCAGAUUUAGGGGAAAAUCUGACUGAUCAGAAGUUGGGAGACAAACUGAGCAGUGAUGCUGCUGCUAAAACUGAGCUGGGAAAGAGGACCAGCAUUACAGAUACAAAUGCGGAAUUCACUUCUAAUAACAGCAAAAUGGACGCAGCUUCGUAUCAAAGUGGUUUCCAAUUGGCCUGUGGGAAGGGCGUUUCUAUUUCAGCGAAAGCUAUCCAAGAAGCUGAUUCUCUCUUCAAAGACUGCGACAUUGCAGACAAUAAACCUGCUGCGUCUGUAAAACAUCAAAAGAACACCGAACAGUUUCCUACAGUCAGUCACACGAAAAACCUUUUGAAAUUUAAAGGUUUCCAAGGAUGUAAAGAGAACUUUUCUGAAGAAGCAAUCGGGGAAUGUUCAAAAGCGAGUGCUGGACCAGCUGCCAGUCGCACAAAGGUUGUACAGCACAAAAUGACUGUAAAAGCAUUUUCUUCUCCCUCGUGCUCAACAUCAAAGAGUUCUGGCUCCUCUGGAAUGAAUCAGUCGAACAAUGGCGGAGGAUUCUCUACAGCCAGCGGGAAGAAGGUCUGCGUGUCGGCUGAUGCGGUGAAAAAAGCUGAGCGUCUGUUAAAUGAAAGUCAUGCACCUGAGGACACGAAGAACCAACUGCAACAGGAAGGAGAUGCUUUAAGAACAGCCCAUGUGGCCGAUCGAAUUCAAGUUGGACCAAUUACAAAUGGUGGAUUUCAAACUGCCAGCGGCAAAGGAGUCAUCGUCUCAGCCGCAGCUCUCAAGAAAGCAAAAUCGCUGUUGAUUCAAUGUGAAGCAGUUGAGGAUGAAAUCGAUGUAAAACCAUCUCACUCCAAGACAGCUGUUCGAGGUCAUGCAUCCAGGACUAGUGGAUUUCUUGCAGCCAGUGGGAAACCUGUGGGACUUUCAGCUGAGGCCCUCCGGAAGGCAAAAGCUCUUUUCAGUGACAUCACUCUCAGUGCAGAGCUCCCGGCUGGUUCAGACACAAAGGAGACUCAAGGCAACGCUGAUAAUUCAGACAAAACACACUGUAGUUUCAUGACUGCAGGGGGCGCAACACCGGGUUUGUCUAAGAAAAAAAAGUUCAAAGCAAAAAACAUUUUGAAAGAAUUUGAUAACGGUUCUGUUUCGUUAGAAUCGCUGCAAGAAGCAGAUGCUUUCUUCGAAGACUGCGACAUUAUGGACAGAAACAACUGCACCACGGUUAAGUUUGAGAGCGGUGUAGCACCUGUGAGUGGAGGUGGAGGUGAGAAGGAACAAAAUCAGGGGCUAACAAACACUUCUGAAGAGGGUGAAAGUGGACGCUCAGUAAACAAGAACGGUUUUCUGCAUCCCGGUGAAGUGAGGAUACCUGAAGAUUUGACCAAUGGAAACCCAUCAAAGCAACUUUCAACCCCGUUUUGCACAACAUCAGAGAAAACUGGCUCCUCUGACUUCAAUACAUUUAGCAGCGGUGGUGGGUUCUGUACAGCCAGUGGGAAAAAAGUAUGUGUGUCAGAUGAUGCAAUGACCAAAGCAAAGUCACUAUUGAAUGAAAGUGCUUUACAUAUUGAUUCAAACAAAAAUCUGAAACAAAAAGAAGACAGUGGGACGCCUCAGAGUGGAAAAGGAGUCGCUCUUUCAUUUGCAGCCCAGAAUAAGGCAAAAACAACAAAUACCAAGUUGCCAGUUUCUUGUGUACCACAGAGGAAAGGGGGAUUCCUUGCAGCCAGUGGUAAACCGGUGGCAUUUUCAUAUGAAGCCCUUCAGAAGGCAAAAGCACUCUUCAGCGACAUGGAUCUCAGUGCAGAGAUUCCGACUGUUUCAGGCACAAGAAAGAGCGACAAACACGAAGGGGCUCAAAGUAAUUCAGGAAAAAUAAGUUGUGGUUUCUCAACUGCAGGGGGAGCUAAAGUCAGCGUGUCACGGACAAAUCUUCUGAAAGCAAAGAACCUUUUCAAAGAAUUGGCAGAUGAAGAGACUCGUCCCUCGGACUCGUGCUCAAGAAGCCCACGUCCCCGCAAGUCAGAUCUAUCAAAUAUAAAAAAUGUGGAGACCACAGCGAAUGACAAGGACAUGUCUGCUGAGGAGAGUGUCCCUGAAGUCGUUGAAUCUUUUCCGUCUGUGGUGACUGACCCUGAAAAUGAAACUCUCAGAGAAAAUGCCCUUAAAGGUGCAUCUGAGGUAAAGGAAGGUAAAACGUCCGCAUCAUGGGAGAGCAAGCCCCACGACUCUCUUGGAAAGGAAACAGCAAACGUGCUGGGUUGUGAAGUUAAACGUACAAACUGCGGUGAGGGACCCAAGUCCAAAAGGCUGGAGGAGUCUUCAUUUCAAAUGUUUCCAUCACUUCACUUCAGUGGCUGCUCUGAGACCCAGCAGAGGUUUCUCGCCCAGGAAGCUCUCGACUGCACCAAAGCUUUGUUAGAGGAUGAAAGUCUCUCAGUGACAUCAGAGAAGGAGCCACUGCAAGAUUACCCAGGAUCCAAUGCCACAUCUGGAGAGGAACAGAAAGGAAGAGGGAAAAGAUUUGGAGACGAUGCAAAUAUGACUGGUCAGCCUCCCCUGAAAAGACGAUUACUGGAGGAAUUUGAUCGGACUGUUGUUGGUCCGAGAGGUUCAACACUACAGCCACAAAAAACUUGUCCAAACAGUGUAAUGAAAGACAGGAGAUCUUUCAAGUUUCAAACCUCUCCUCAUCCUAAUGUCACACAGCCACACAGGAAUGGAAAAAACUAUGUGGAAGCCAAACUGCAAAACACAACACCAACACAACAGUUAACCUCAGGAGGAAGCAGAUCAGCGCAUUCAAACAAGCCAGCGUUUGCUCCUCCAUUCCUCAAGAAUGCAAAGAUGGAGACCUGCAAGGAUGCAGUGCUCAAAGUCAACACAAGAACACCUCCUGCAUUUGUUCCUCCUUUCAAAAAACAAAGAACUAUCGUCCAGGAGAGUUCCUGUAAACCACAGCAGCAGGAGGACAAACACCAGCAUUUUUCUGUAACACCCACUAACCGCAGCACUGUCUUACCGCCCACUAAGAAAACACAAAGCAGUACAGAUUUAGCUGGUAAUACAAGGAAAGAAGAUAUUCCACAGGUGGCCUUGGCCGACACAAAGCAGGAUUAUCUGACUGAUAAUCACAAUGUUCCCAUUGGCGGUGGUUCAGGAGACUCUGCUGCAAAGGCAAAUCGUGAGGACGACACGUUUUCCAGAGGCCAAGACAUGUUUCAGAAUCUCGAAAAUGUGGAGUUGGCACGGGAUAUGCAAGACAUGAGAAUCAGGAAAAAGAAGCGACAGACGAUCCGACCGUUGCCGGGAAGUUUGUUUCUAACCAAAACCUCGGGGGUUUCAAGGAUUCCAUUAAAAGCUGCUGCAAAUGGAAAGCUCCCUGGGAGAUUCUCCUCAAAACAGCUGUAUAGAUAUGGAGUCAAUCAACAUGUGUCCGACAUCAGCAGUGAGACAGCCGAGGCUUUUCGCUUCAACGUGCAUCAGUUCCUGAAACUGGAAGCGUUUACAGACGGGGGUGGCGUUCAGCUGGCCGAUGGAGGAUGGCUAAUCCCCAGCAAGGAUGGGACUGCAGGAAAAGAAGAGUUUUAUAAAGCCCUGUGUGACACUCCAGGUGUGGAUCCUAAACUGAUGAGUGAGGAGUGGGUGUUCAAUCACUUCAGAUGGAUCGUGUGGAAACAAGUAUCCAUGGAAAGAUCUUUUCCAGAAACGAUGGGCGGCCUCUGUCUCACGCCACAGCAGGUUCUCCUUCAGCUCAAGUACAGAUAUGAUGUAGAGAUCGACCACAGCCGUAGACCCGCUCUGAGGAGGAUCAUGGAAAAGGACGACACAUCGGCCAAGUCCCUGGUUCUCUGUGUCUGCGGGGUCGUCUCCCGAGGACACUCCUCAAUCAGACCGAGUCGCAGUGACACCAAGACUCCACAGGGGGCCGAUGCCAAGGUCGAAUCCCCCUUUGCAGUAGUUUGGCUGACGGAUGGAUGGUACGCCAUCAAAGCUCAGCUGGAUGAACCUUUGACAGCCAUGCUUCACAAAGGUCGACUGGCUGUCGGCGGGAAGCUGAUCGUCUACGGGGCUCAACUGGUGGGAUCGCAGGAGGCUUGUUCCCCUCUGGAGGCACCGGAGUCCCUCAUGUUAAAGAUUUGUGCCAACAGCACCAGACCUGCACGGUGGGACACCAAGCUGGGAUUUCACAGAGAUCCCCGACCGUUCCUGCUGCCUGUCUCCAGUUUGUACAGCAAUGGAGGACCAGUUGGAUGUGUGGACAUUACCAUACUCAGAAGCUACCCCCUACAGUGGAUGGAGAGGAAACCAGAUGCGGGCGUUGUGUUUCGUUCUGGUCGUGCAGAAGAGAAAGAGGAGAGACGAUACAGCAGCCAAAACCAAAAGUCCAUGGAGAUUCUUUUUGCCAAGAUUCAAACUGAAUUUGAAAAAGAGCAGACAGGUAAAAACAAACCUCAACGCAGAAGACGCACAAUAAGUCGUCAGGAUAUUGCAAAUCUGCAAGAUGGAGAGGAGCUGUAUGAAGCAGUGGAGGCUGAUCCAGCUUACUUGGAGGCCCAUUUGAGUGAGCAGCAGAUGGAGACUGUUCAAACCUACAGACGCUCUCUGAUGGAGAAGGAACAGGCGGAGCUACAGGAUCGAUACCGUCGUGCUCUAGAAGCAGAGAGCGCUGACGGGACCUGUCCCAAACGAGACGUCACACCUGUGUGGAAACUCUGCGUUCUGGACUCUAUGGGCAGUGGCAGUGUUUACCAGUUGAAUUUUUGGCGACCCUCCUCCGAUCUUCAGGCUUUACUGAAGGAAGGCUGUCGAUACAAAGUUUAUAAUCUCUCCACUUCAGAGGGAAAGAAACGCAGCGGGAUCGAAAUGGUUCAACUCACUGGGACCAAGAAAACACAGUUUCAGGACCUGCAGGCCCAGGAAUGGUUAUCAGAACAGUUUCAACCCAGGGUUUCCACCAGUUUCUUGAAUCUUCAAAACCCAGAAUUCCACCCAUUGUGUGGAGAAGUUGAUCUCACAGGAUUUAUCGUCAGUAUCAUGGAUGGACAGGGUUCCUCUCCGGCAUUUUAUCUGGCUGAUGGAGAACUGAACUUUGUUAAAGUGCGGUGUUUCAGCAGCUUCGCUCAGUCCGGCCUGGAGGAUGUUGUAAAGCCACGUGUGCUGUUGGCUCUGAGCAACCUGCAGCUGAGAGGUCAGUCCCUGUCUCCCACUCCUGUUGUCUACGCUGGAGAUCUGACCGUCUUCUCUAUGAACCCCAAGGAGGUUCAUCUACAGGAAUCACUCAGCCAACUCAGAAACCUGCUCCAGGGUCAGCAGAACUUCUUCCUCACUGCUGAGGAGAAACUUUUACAUUUACUGAAGUCCGAUGGCCUAAGAUCCAUCUCUUCUCCAGCUGUCCAUCCUCUAACCCCAGCUUUUGCAACUGACAGAAGACAAGACAAAAAGACAAGCCUGAUCGCUCAGCAGCCAAUCAGAAGCGUCGGAUCCUUCACCCCUGUCAGCGGGAAUCUGCCUGCACCAACGUCUUUAACAGAGAAAGACCCCAAAAGCCUGAAGAGGAGAAGAGCUCUGGACUAUCUGUGUCGCAUCCCGUCUCCACCGGCUCUCUCCCAUCUGGGCUCGGUGGUGACUCCAUGUGUGAAGAAGACGUUCAACCCUCCUCGGAGGUCGGAGACACCAAGCACUUUGAAGACAGAACAGACUCCAGCUCGCAAACCUGUCGUCUCACCGAAGGAAGGCGAAUGGGUGAACGACGAGGAGCUGGCGAUGAUUGAUACUCAGAACUUGGGUGUUGGUGAUUUAAUGAUGCGGGGUAAAUCCUCCAACCCGUACCCUACUGCUGUGCAAAGAGGCCGUGCGGGUAGAGGUGGAGGACGUGACCCUAGGCCCGUGAUCAGCGACAGCAGCAAGAGGGAGCGUGUGAUCAAACAGGUCGGACUCACCAGCAGCACAUUCAUCGGCCCCGCUUUUCCUCCACCGACACCCGCACCGAAGAAGGCGCCAAAGGCGAAGAAGCUGCAGAAGCCGAAGAAGUUAGAGAAGCCGAAGGAGUCCAAGGACUCCAAUGACAUAGAAGACACGCUGAGCGAGUUCUACAAAGAGCUGGAGAAGAUCGACACGCCCGACGGUGACGAGGGAAACUCAAAGAAACCAGAGGAAGAAUUUGCUCGACCUCAACAGAUGCGGGUCGCAGGCCACGAGAGAACGUAUAAUGCCGGCCACUCUGCAGAAGCAGACGGCUGGCGGAGAAGCGAUGGAGAGAGGCCGGCUUCCUGGCCGCACUGGUAUGACAAUGGGCCGUAUCAGCCCAGGGGGCCGAGGCCAGGCAUGGACCUGAACCAUCAGAACCAAUGGCGUCAUCCUCAUCCACAGCACAGACCACCAAACCCAGGGUUACACGGACCCCCAUUCCGUCAUCCACCCCCACCUGCAUUCCAGGGUCCACAAAACCCACCGCCACGCAUGAAUCCCAACUGGAGCGGUUCAGGCCCUGCAAACCAGUAUCAAGAGUUCUCUGGCAUCCCAUCUCCGAAUGUGCGCGGACCACCCUCUCAGGGCCCUUAUGUAGAGUAUCACUCUGACAGGGAUGAGCGGGUUCGCAGCUUCGAUGCGUACUCAGAUAACGGAAACAGAGGUCACGACCAACACCGAGUAUUUAAUUCAGAAGCUCAAGCGUGGGAGCCCCAGCCUCACAGCAGACCCCCUGGUUCUUCCUUGGUGCUGAUCCUUUUGAGGGGACUGCCCGGAUCUGGGAAAUCGACACUGGCCAGGGAGCUGCUCUCCACUGGUCCCAGUGGGGUAAUACUGGGCACAGACGACUACUUUGUUCACGAUGAUGACUACUGCUAUGAACCAUUCCUUCUUGGAGAGGCCCAUGAAUGGAACCAGAAGAGAGCCCAAGAUGCUAUGCACGAUCGCCGGUCUCCAAUUAUUAUUGAUAAUACAAACAUUCAAGCCUGGGAGAUGAAGCCAUAUGUCAAAAUGGCCUUGGAGCGAGGAUACCAGGUAGACUUCUGUGAACCUGACACCAGCUGGAAGUUGGAUCCUUACGAGCUUCAGAGGAGAAACAAGCACGGGGUCUCCCAGGAGAAGAUUGCGCGGAUGCUGGAUCGCUUCAAAUUCCCCAUUUCCAUAGACACUGUGCUGAGUUCCCAGGAGCCGCCUCACGUCGACCAGCGACCUCUACCAGAGCCGCCGCAGACGAUGGGGGGGAGCAGAGAGCUCCAGUAGUUGAUACAAGGAUCUAACCAGCCAAAUCAUUUUGCCUAGCAAAAUUUAUUUUUCACUGCUGCUGUUGUUUCUUUGUAUUAAUUUAUAAUUUUAUAUCAUGCAAAUUUGUGCAAAGGGAGAGCAAAUAUAUUUUCUCUACAGAAAUUUGCAACAGGGGAAUUGUCGUGUGUGAUAUUUUUUCUAAGAAAAGACAAAAUCUGCAUUGUUUUUGCAGUUUGUAUUUUUACGACAUUUCACACUUGUAUUUUGUGUAUUCCUUGAAAAAGGCAUCAACACUUAAAACUUUUUUUGUUCUAAUCAAUUAACAGUUUCUUCGUUAAGUUAUUUCCUGCAGCUUCUGGUUCCCUGAAAUCUGCAGAGUAACUGGAAGAAGUUUCUGUUCCGGUAAAUCUCUCCUUUCAUAGUUAAUUUGUCUCCACGGUUCUGCAAACACAACAGUGGAAACACACACACACACGGUUCAUUUCUGUGCUCCGAUCUCUUUUUAAUUAAAUGAGCAUUUUGCUAAUUAUCAAACUGAACAAAAAAAUAUGUUUAUGGGGAAAUCACACUUUUCUAUUUAUUGAUGGUACAUCUUAGAACAAUUUCUGUUUAGUUUUUUUCAGGUUUUUGUCUAGUGUGCAAUUGUAAAUAUAACAGUUUACCAAAAACACAGUUGAACAACAAUGAAUUGAACCCUGGUCCUGUUUUAUGAACUUUAGUCAGGACUUUAGUUUGUCUGGAGUUUUUGUUUUUGCUCAAACAUGAGUCCACAUUUUUACCAGUGUGAAAAUCUUCCCAUUAAAUUUCUGAAAUAUU